AUGGCUCAGGCCUUGCGGCCUGCCAAUCCAUCCAUCCAAGUUCGGAGCGAAACCCUCUUGCGCUGCCUGUCAACCACCAGCCGCCAGAAUGUCGCACUCCCCAAGGACGCCCAAAACAUGCGCGCUGCUCCCCGAGACCACAUAGGGACACUCAAAGCUCCACUUGUCAACCCGGCCGACAAGUACCAGUCGAAGGCAGACAACUUGCACAAGUACGGCUCAUGGGUCAUGGGCUGUCUUCCCAAGUACAUCCAGCAGUUCUCUGUUUGGAAGGACGAAUUGACCAUUUACAUCUCUCCCUCCGGGGUGAUUCCGGUUUUCACGUUCCUGAAAUACAACACCGCGGCCGAAUUCACGCAGCUCAGUGAAAUGACUGCUGUUGACUUCCCCACCAGAGACCAGCGGUUCGAGAUCGUCUACAAUCUCCUGAGCGUGCGCCACAAUGCUAGGAUUCGUGUCAAGACCUAUGCCGACGAAGCGUCCCCUGUCCCUAGCAUCACCAGCCUCUAUGACGGCGCCAACUGGUAUGAGCGGGAAACUUAUGACAUGUUCGGCGUGUUUUUCGUUGGUCACCCUGACCUUCGUCGCAUCUUGACGGACUACGGCUUCGAAGGGCAUCCUUUGCGGAAGGACUUCCCGCUGACUGGCUACACCGAGAUCCGGUACGAUGAGGAGAAGAAGCGCAUUGUCACCGAGCCGCUGGAGCUCACCCAGGCGUUCCGCAACUUCGAGGGAGGAUCCAGUGCGUGGGAGCAGAUCGGUCCUGGUGUUGACCGGAAACCCGAUACGUUCAAGCUGCCGACACCGAAGCCGGAGGAAAAGAAGGAGGAGCCGAAGAAAUAG